AUGGCACCUACCAGACCAGAUCACAACCCAGAGGGACAAAUGAAAGAAAUAAUCCUAGUAGAGGCCCAAGAACAGGGCAAAGAAGGCAUCGGGACCAAGAGAUCAAAUGACAAGCAGAUGACUUCAGGAACAACGUCUGAUCUAAAGGCUCAAACCGAUUCGGGAUUCCCCACAGAACCUGGAUAUGGAGUAAACCAUUGCCCCCAAGAUCUACCAGGCCUUUCGUCUCCACAUGAUACACUCACUCUGGAUGUUCGAAGGAAAAACCAACUCUGCGGAUGUCCCCUUGAACCCGAAACCCCCUGA